AUGCCGGCGAUGAAGGGACUGCUCGCGCCUCAGAACACAUUCCUGGACACCAUAGCAACGCGCUUUGACGGCACACAUAGCAAUUUCAUCCUGGCUAACGCACAAGUAGCAAAGGGGUUUCCCAUAGUUUACUGUUCAGAUGGCUUCUGCGAGCUCACGGGUUUCACACGCACUGAGGUCAUGCAGCAAAACUGCGCAUGCAGGUUUCUUUAUGGGCCUGAGAGCAGUGAACACGCCAUACGGCGUGUGGAUUCUGCUCUUGAAGAGCGCAGUGAGCUUAAAGAGGAGAUCAUGUUCUACAAGAAGAAAGGUUGUGUGUUCUGGUGCCUUCUGGACAUUGUGCCUAUUAAGAAUGAGAAAGGCGAUGUUGUUCUCUUCCUUGCUUCAUUCAAAGACAUCACAGACACCAAGGCAAAAGUUGAAAAGAAAGAAGUGUAUCAUCAUGGCCAGAUCAAAAGUGGACCUCCAUUCGGCACAGCUCAGGUUCGCUCUAAUACCGUCCUCUAUCACAUCUCAGGACAUCUCCACAACCGGCAGAAACAAAACAAAAUCAAACUCAACAAGAAUGUUUUCGGUGAUUCGCCAGCUGUGCCGGAAUACAAAGUUGCAGAUGCCAAGAAGUCGAAGUUCAUCCUCCUCCACUUCAGCACAUUCAAGGCUGGCUGGGAUUGGCUAAUCCUGCUGGCUACUUUCUAUGUGGCUGUGACUGUGCCGUACAAUGUAUGUUUUAUUGGUGAUGAAGACUUAACACGCAGCACCACUGUCAGUGACAUUGCUGUGGAGAUCCUCUUUAUCAUUGACAUCGUGCUUAACUUUCGCACUACAUAUGUGAGCACAUCUGGGCAAGUGAUCUUUGAUGCACGGCAGAUCUGCAUCCACUAUAUGACCACCUGGUUAAUCAUUGACUUGGUGGCCGCACUGCCCUUUGAUCUACUCUAUGCCUUCAAUGUUAGUGUGGUCUCAGUUGUGCACUUGUUAAAGACAGUACGUUUGCUGCGCCUGCUGCGUCUGUUGCAAAAAAUGGACCGCUACUCUCAGCACAGCACAGUGGUGCUCACCCUGCUCAUGUCCAUGUUUGCCCUGCUGGCCCACUGGAUGGCCUGCAUCUGGUAUAUCAUUGGAAAGAAAGAGAUGGACAGCAAUGUGCACACCACUUGGGAUAUAGGUUGGCUGCAUGAGCUGGGAAAGCGUUUGGAGCUCCCUUAUACCACAGUGAAUGGCUCAGCUAACAGCGGUCCAUCAUUGCGCAGUAUCUACAUCGCUUCACUUUACUUCACUUUCAGCAGUCUGACCAGUGUGGGCUUCGGCAAUGUCUCCGCUAAUACUGAUGCUGAAAAGAUCUUCUCUAUCUGCACUAUGCUUAUUGGAGCACUCAUGCAUGCUCUAGUGUUUGGUAAUGUGACCGCCAUCAUUCAGCGCAUGUACUCACGCUGGUCCUCAUACCAUACACGCACUAAAGACCUGAAGGACUUCAUAAGAGUGCAUCACCUGCCGCAGAGCCUCAAGCAGCGUAUGCUAGAGUACUUCCAGACUACCUGGUCUGUCAACAAUGGCAUCGAUUCAAAUGAGCUCCUGAAAGACUUCCCUGAUGAGUUGCGUUCAGUCAUUGCAAUGCACCUGAACAAGGAAAUUCUGGAGCGGGCUGUGUUCUCAUCUCUAAGUCAUGGUUGUCUGCGCUCUCUGUCGCUGCACAUAAAGACAACAUUUUGUGCACCUGGAGAAUACCUCUUGCGGCAAGGAGAUGCACUGCAGGCCCUCUUCUUUGUCUGCUCUGGGUCCAUGGAGGUGCUCAAGGAUGGAAUGGUGCUUGCUAUUCUCGGUAAAGGGGACCUGAUUGGGGCCAACUUGUCUGUGGAAAACUGGGUGAUAAAGACAAGUGCAGACGUGAAAGCACUGACAUAUUGUGAUUUGCAGUGCAUUAAUCUGAGGGGACUGUAUGAGGUGCUGGACCUGUAUCCUGAGUACUCCCACCACUUUGUCCAGGAUAUCACACAAGACCUCACCUACAACCUCAGAGAGGGGCAGGAGAGCCAUGUAAGCCAUGCAACUUUUAUGUCCUGGGCCCAUAUCCUUGGUCACACUCACAUCUCCAUUUGGAUACAAUAACUAUUCUUCUUCAGUUUCAUAUGU